AUGGAUAUUGGAAGAAGGAAUACUCGUAAAUACAGUUUCAGAUGUCCUGAUCUUAAGGAAUUAAGAAAGCUAGCAUCUUUUGUGGAUGAUCCUAUGGAUUUCCGAUUAUAUGAUUCCGACUACCGGUGCUUCACUUUCCCUGAUUAUCAUUUGUUUCCUACCAUGGAGGAGUAUGCUUAUCUUUUGGGUAUACCAGUUUCUGAUAGCGUUCCUUUUUGUGGUUUGGAAGGAAUUAUGGAGUCUCAAGUUAUUUCUGGAGUUAUUCAUCUAAAGAAAUUUGACGUAGAUGUCAAUCUCACUGUCAAAGGAGGUAUGAAAGGGUUGACUUCAAAUUUUCUAAUUGAGAGAGCUUCUUCUUUUGCUAAUGUUGGUAGCAUGGUGGACUUUGAAACUAUUCUUUCCUUACUCAUAUAUGGUUUGGUCUUGUUUCCCAACAUUGACAGCUUUUUUGAUGUUAAUGCUAUUAGAAUCUUUUUGGUUGGGAAUCUUUUGCCACAAUCUCCUAUCUUUAAAAAAAACAAGGGUUGUUUAUGGUGGUCUCAAAUACUGGUAUCUCUCACCAAUGAUGACAUCACUUGGUAUUCUUAUGUUUACGAUGAUGUCGAGAUUAUUGAUAGUUGUGGGGAGUUAUCUAAUGUGCGUCUUCUUGGUACACAAGGAGGAAUAAACCACAAUCCGGCUUUGGCAAGACAUCAACUUGGGUUCGCUAUGAAGGAUAAACCUAAAAACACUUUGUUAGAAGGUUUAUUUUUCCAAGAAGGGGAAAACACUCAAGGAUUGAAGGCUAGGAUGGUGCAUGCUUGGCACAAUAUUCAUAGGAAAGGAAAAGUGAGCUUGAAUUUAAGAAUUGUGUAA